AUGUCGCAAAAUUACAUGAUGGAGCCGGCGACAAACGGCAAGGUCGUCCUAAGGACUUCUGCCGGCGACAUCGACAUCGAGCUGUGGUCGAAAGAAACUCCACUUGCGUGCAGGAAUUUUGUGCAGUUGUGCAUGGAGAACUACUACGACGCGACGAUUUUUCACAGACUUGUUCCAGGCUUCAUAAUUCAAGGCGGGGAUCCUUCUGGAACUGGAAUGGGAGGAGAAAGUAUCUACGGAAAGCCCUUCAAAGAUGAAAUUCAUUCUCGACUCCGUUUCGUCCGAAGAGGUCUUGUAGCCAUGGCGAACGGUGGAAAAGAUGACAACGGUUCUCAAUUCUUCAUCACUCUUGGGCCAACAAACGACUUGAACAAAAAACACACGAUCUUUGGCAAAAUCACCGGCGACACGGUCUAUAAUCUGGUGAAAAUGGCCGAAGGCGAGUGCGAUCAUAACGAGAAACCAAUAAACCCGCAUUAUAUUAAAACAACGCAUGUUCUGAACAAUCCUUUUGAUGAUAUUGUGCCAAGGAAUUUAGAAGAGCAAAAAGAAAAGAAAAUCCAAGAAGAAAUCUCCAAAAAGCCCAAGAAAAAGAAAUCGAAAGCAAAAGCUCACAAAAAGCUCACAGUUCUGAGCUUCGGCGACGAAGCAGCUGAAGCUGAAGAACUAGCAGAACAGGUGAAUAAGGAGAUCAAAGCUAAAUCGGCCCACGAUGUCGUUAAAGAAGACACAUCGAUGGUGAAGGAAGAGUUUAAACCUGAAGAAAAAACGGAAGAGGAUGAAAAAUGGAUUUCGAAAAGAGUCGAUGGAGAAGUCGACUUGGAAGAUGUCGAUGAUCUUGCUAGUUGGAUGAGGACGAAGAUGCAAGAAAGAAACGAGCAGAUAGAAAGAGAAGACAAAGAAAAAAUCGAGGCUGAUAUGAAUGAGAGAAAAAGAAAAGUCAUGUCCUAUCAAGAUCAGCAAAAGAUUCUGAUGAAGGAACUUAACGAGCUAAGAAAAAAAGAAAUAACGCGGACAGAAGAAGUCGCCGCGAAAAAGUCGAAAAAAGAAAAACGACUCGACGAGAAUUCGCUUUUCGGCGAGUUCAAGGCUGAGCAAGAACUGUACAAGGAGAAAACGGCUGGGAAUAAGUUUACAAAGGCGGAUUAUAACUCUGGAAAAGUCGUUAGGAAGAAUAGAGAGGCGGAUACGAUGGCGAUGCUGAAGGGAUUUAGGAGCACUCUGUUCGAAGCAAAAGGCAUUGAAGUUCCAAAAGCACGCGAUUGGUUAACACACACCCUCCAACGAGAAACAACAAUGAGGGACGACAAGCUAAACAUCCAAGAUCUCGAGGCAAAAGACAUGAACCGCCCUAUCGAUGAGAACCGCUACGACAUUUCAGAUCCGCGAAAUCCACUCAACAUGAGAAGAAGAGGAGCAAAAUAG